AAAUUUCGCUAAUAAUAUUUUAGCUAAUAAUUAUUUUGGGUCUUGGUGCCGUGCAUGAUUCUGUCGAUUUUACAAAUUUUUAAUUUAAGUGAAUCCUAUUAAGUAAAAUUAGUUUUUUUUGAAUAUCUAUAAAAUGUACAUACUUUUCGCCGUAACCAUAAUUUGCUUUCUGAUGGCGUUCGUUUCGAAAUUAACAAAAAACCUCCUGUCGUUCCUGCUCCGCGACAGCCCGGAAACGCGCGCCCUCAAAGCCGAAUCGGACCAGAUCCGUCGCGAGCUGUCCCGCAUUUCGAUGCGUGACAAUUACACAGGUUACGUGAAGGUCGAACGCAAGCUGGUCGCCGUCGACACCCAGCUCGGCGAGGCCAAAUCGAAGGACUCGUCCCGGCGCACGAUUUACGAGUUUGGACUGCGCUGGGGGCUGUACGGCGUGCUGGCGUUUGUGCUGGUGGUCAUUUCGAUCUUUUAUCGCUACACUCCGGUGGUGGUGUUUGGGGACAACUUUAGCUUCGAUCCGUUCGGGCGGGUGCUGAGCUUCCCAACCGGGGUUCCGAAUGCCGUCUCGACCGUGUUUUGGAUCGUGGUGAACAACUUUGUCGCGAGGACCGUCGCGGGGUAUGUUAAGUAAGGGGGACGUUUCUUUUAAUAAAUUUGAGGAGAAUGAA